CAUAUAAAUAACUGAAUAUAUUCUUGUUCACACUGGAGACUGACCGAUUGAUGCUCUAGACCAGCUAAAAGAGUGCCCGGCGACUCGCCACUUCAUCCAAAUCUAUGAUCAGCUCGGUGUGUGUUUCGUCUUACCGCGGGCGCAAGUCAGGCAACAAACCUCCAUCCAAAACAUGUCUAAAGGAAGAGAUGGCGAGGGCCGAGGACUUGGACAAAAUCAUCCUGAACGUGGGCGGCACGCGCCACGAAACCUACAAGAGCACGCUUAGAAGCAUCCCCGGCACGCGCCUCGCCUGGCUCGCGGAACCAGACACGCAGUUAGACACGGACUCGAACCCUGACGCGCUCCAAAGCACCAACUCCAACGAGUUUUUCUUUGACCGGCACCCGGUCAUAUUCGCCUACGUGCUGAACUACUACCGAACCGGGAAACUACACUGUCCAGCGGAUGUGUGCGGCCCACUGUUCGAGGAAGAGCUCGCUUUUUGGGGAAUUGAUGAGACAGAUGUGGAGCCAUGCUGCUGGAUGACCUACAGACAGCACAGGGAUGCUGAGGAGGCUCUGGACAUCUUUGAACCUCCUGAUCCUGAGGAUGCUGAUGAUGAGAGGGAUGUCCCGCGAAGGUUUGGUAUUGAGGACUGUCCUGAGAGGACCAGAAGCUGCUAUGAGAUUUGGCAGCCCAAAAUCUGGGCUCUCUUUGAGGACCCCUACUCAUCACAAGCUGCCAGGGUCAUCGCUUUCGUCUCUCUAUUUUUCAUCUUGGUGUCAAUCACCAACUUUUGCCUCGAGACCCAUGAGGCCUUCAAUGACCUCCAAAACCGGACUGAACUUGUAUCGGUUGGCAAUGGUACUAAGGUGGUUACCACUGUGGAAGUCGUAACCAAGCCUGCACUCACACAGGUGGAGGGCAUCUGCGUGGUGUGGUUUACUUUCGAGUUCCUGGUGCGAAUCAUCUGCUGUCCUGACAAGCUACUGUUUAUUAAGAACCUCCUGAACAUCAUAGACUUUGUGGCCAUUUUGCCCUUUUACGUAGAGAUCAGUCUAAGCGGACUCUCUUCCAAAGCCGCCACGGAUGUGCUGGGGUUUUUAAGAGUGGUGCGUUUCGUCCGGAUCCUGAGGAUCUUCAAGUUGACCAGACACUUUGUGGGCCUGAGAGUUCUUGGCCACACGCUGCGUGCCAGCAUUAAUGAGUUCUGCCUCCUCAUUAUCUUUCUUGCUCUCGGCGUCCUCAUCUUCGCGACCAUGAUCUAUUAUGCGGAGCGCAUCGAUGCAGACCCGAAUGAUCCACAUAACAAUCACACCUAUUUUAAAAACAUUCCAAUUAGUUUCUGGUGGGCAGUGGUAACUAUGACCACGCUGGGUUAUGGUGACAUGUAUCCUAAAACCUGGUUGGGUAUGAUGGUUGGUGCUCUGUGUGCAUUAGCAGGGGUGCUAACUAUUGCCAUGCCAGUCCCUGUUAUUGUUAAUAACUUUGGGAUGUACUACUCCCUGGCAAUGGCCAAGCAGAAGUUGCCCAAAAAGAAGAAAAAGCACCACAGAAAUCCAGACAUGGUUCUGGACUCGACCUCGUUUGGAAAAUCAGAGAGCAACUCACACAGGAACAGCACCCAAAGUGACACAUGCCCUCUUGCGCCUGAGGAAAACGUUGUGAGGAAUCGUUCAGGCUCAAAGCAGAAUGGGGAUGCAAAUGCAGCUCUGUCAGAAGAGGAAUCACUUUCACCCAGUGAGAGGUGGUCCCUCCGGCGUCCACACAACCGAGAAAAGUGCAAAAAAGAUGGCUCCUGUUUUCUCCUGACUUCUGGAGACUACUCUUGCAGUGCUGAUCCAGCCAUCGGAACCGAGUGCUGCAAAGAACCGCUCACAGCUGCAGCCACCUACAAUCAGCCCGAAGUGACCACACUGACUUGAAGUGACCACACUUACUUAAAGUGACGUGACUGGAUGACCGAAGAAGGAUGACCCAAACCACCUGUUUAAGUGUGUUGAGCAUCAUUCUUUCAUUCAGAAGUCCCAGCCAUACAUUAAACACACCUACUCUUUCCACAAUGUACAUCACACUUGUGUUCUGGUAGUAAACAAACAGCUUCAAUCACGUGCACAUCUGUCUGUCAUCAGCCAUCCCAGUAUGUAUUCGCAUGUCCUAUCUCCUUUGUGCUGUAUCCUGGACAAGUGUACGUUAAUGUAU